AUGCGCAUCAUCAACGGAUCGAUCUUUGCUGCUCUUCUGGCAGCCAUCAUCCUUUCAACUGUGGUUCGCGCCGGGGUCACCGUUGAAACCGUUCCCUACGUCAACACUGAUGUCGGGAAACCAUCUCGUCCUCUUUUCGCGUGCUCCGCCGAAUCACGUCGUUGCAUGUACGACGAUGACUUUACCUCUCUACCUCUGAAAGGCAACAUGCAACUCUCAACCUGCCAUCACGACAGUUGGCCGAAACAGCUGGGAAGGUGGAUCUUCAACAGACAUCACAAGUUCAUCAACAGCUUUUGGGUGUACUGCAACCACAAGGAUGUGGAAUGCGAUACGUAUGCUGCGUACCAUCGGGAUCGUUUGGACGUGAUCGCUGCCGACAUGGACCGAGAGGUGACGGAGCAGACUCAUUGCAAACCGACGUUCAGGUGCUACGAGCUGAAGGAUGCUGAUGAAAAGUGCUUCUCGAAGAACUGA